CCAUAAACAAUUAAACAGUCAAAGAUUUUUUUAAAAGUUUUAUCAAAAUCCUUUUAAGAGUUAGGAAUAGCAAUUUUGUAAAACUCAAAGGCUUCCUAGAAUUUUAGAAUUUAUCCUCAAUAAUUUUUAUAUUAUAUAACAUUACAAUACGCUCAGGUUUAGAUCAAAAAUAUUUAAUGAAAAAGUCUUCUGUAGUUCCAUAAAAUAAAAAAGUUUCUUAGUUUGCUUAAUAAAGCUAAAAAGAUCAUGACGAUGAAAGAUAAAAUAUUCUUAAAUAGCAAUCUUCAAUCAAGUCCGACUCUAAUUCUGCAGCUUCUAUAAUUUAAAAUCAAUAAGAUUAGUAAAUAAAUGCUAAUUAUUAAGCUAAUUCAUAAGAAUAUAUUGAUGUCAUGAAACAACAAGAGCAAAUUCUUAUACAAAAGGGUAUAAGUUCUCCACAUAAAGAUAUUAGAAGAGAUUCAAUUGAUUCAAAAAUGUCAGAGAGUUUUAUUGAUAGCGAAGCAAAUAGUGAUAGCGAUAAAGAUAGUGGUGAUGAAAAUAGUUUAUUUGGUACACCUGAACAAAAUGAUUUAAAAAAAGACUUUAGUAUGCCACCUGAACUUAAAUUAGACUCAGAUUAAAAAUAAAGCAUUGAAAAAGAAAAAUAAAGUCAUGAUUAAGGAGUUUAAGAGCUAGUUUUGAAGAAAGAAUAAAGUAAAAAAAGUUUAAAACAAAAAAAAGACUCAACAAAUACAAAGAGUAAACCCUUGAAAAAAAACAAUAAGAAAUCAAAUAAAUAGAAAUAAGACUAUUAAGAUGAUGAUUUUACUUUAACUAAUUAGGUUGGUAGAAAUAUACUUCAUAGGUAGUGUCUCAAAUAGAAUGUGGAAAUGAUCUAAGAUUUGUUAGUUUAAUAUAAAAAACUUAAAGAAUUAGAAUAUUUGAAAUAAUAGAAAUAACAAUAAUAAUAAUUUGAUGUUAUAGAAUUGUCACCAGAUUAAGCUCUUUAAGAAUAUAUAAAUCAAUUAGAUAAUUUUGGGAAUUCUCCUCUAAUCUUAUGUUGUAUACAAUAAUUUGAUGAUGAAGUUAACUAUAGGUAUGAAUGUCUUAAACUACUUUUAGAAGCUGGUGCAGAUGUUAAUCAUCGUAACCCCAGAACACUUUGGUCUGCCCUACAUUGGUCUGCUCAUUAUGGUGAUGACAAAAGUAUUUAGCUUCUUUUGACUUUCUAAAGUAAGGAUUUAAAAAUCCAGACUCCUUUAUUGCAACCACUCAAUUUAAAUUAAAACUACUAAUUUAAUAAAACAUACCAGUGUUUUCCAGAUUAGCAAGGUCUUUUCCCUCUAGACUUAGCUGGAAUAUCAGGUAACUAAGAUGCUGUAAAUAUUUUGCUUGAAAAUCUCGUUUAGGAUAUGAAAGAAGUAGAGAAAAUUCAACAAAAUUAAAUUCUCUUAGAAGAUGAAAUGUUAUUUUAUCAAAGCAAUCUUGAUUAAAAGUUUAUGAGACAGUAAAGAGUUAAAUAUUUGAAGUCGCCUCUCUUGAAAUCUCGCUUUUUGUACUGGGCAGCCUAUUAUCCGGGAUAAAAGUCUAAAGCAUUUAUCACUGCUGCUUUUGGUUUCACUUAAAUCUACGUAAUGGCAAGGCUACCUCAUUAAUCAUUAAUGACACCUUUACAUGCAGCUGCAAAGAAUAAAAAUUUAGAUGCUUUAAAUAUUCUUGCUGAUAAUAUUAGAUAUCAAAAUAUUAGGGAACUAAAGGAUUGGAUAAAAAGAGAGUAUGAAAAAAGAUUACCAUAAGAGUUUUUCUUCUCUAAAUACUAAAAUUCUGUGCUUUAAAUGAUUCCAGAAGAAGAUCGUUUAUACAAACCUUCGUUUGUUAAUUAAAUAAAAAAAUUUGCCUAGUGGGAACAUGAAUUUAUAAUGAGCUACCGUAAGUAUGAGUAGGAUGAAACAAAAUAUACAUAUAUUGAUUAGAAAGAUGCCUUUGGAAAUACAGCUUUGCAUCUAGCUUCUAUUAACGGAUUUGAUGAAGGAGUUGUAAAACUUCUUAAUUGUGGAGCAGAUAUGGAAACUGGUAACAAAGAGGGGUGGAGACCAAGAGAAUUAGUAUAGUUUUAAACUAUUAGGCAAAUUUAUUACUAAGCUUUAGAAAAAAAUUAAGGUUUAUCCCUUCAGCUUAAAAACAUGAAUAAAUAGCUUCAGCAAACGAUUAAAAAAUAUAAAGUAAUUGUAGAAGAUUAAAUUGAUAAUGCUAAUAAAAAAAGAGAGAAAGAUCUAUUUGCAUAUGGCACUAAGCUCUUUUUACCAGAUUUUGUAAUUGUUUUCUCAUUAGGAUCAGAUCCUUAAAAAGCCAAAAAUAACUAAAAUAGAAUGAACUUCUAAAUUGGUAUUUUGAGAAGAUCAAAGUUUAAUGUUUAUCUCUUAGAGUCCGUCUAUCCUGACAGAUAUUAUUUAUUAAUAGGAAUGCCAGAAAGAUAUUUGUAACAGGCUUGUAAAGAAAAUAAAAUGCAAAUGAAACUAAUAGACUCAUAUGAUUAUGAACCAUAUAGCUUGGAUCAAGUUACAAAAUUUGAGCCUUUUCGUUCAAAGCAGAGACAAGAAAUUAUAGAAAUGCAACUCAAUAAAAUUAUAAACCUUUAAGACUUAAAAUCUCAAGGAUUAAUAACAUAAUAUUAUAAAAUGCACACAUAUGGAGGUAUAUCUAGAAUUAAACACUAAUGGGUUGAUGACACUAAUUGGUACUGGCCUCAGCCUUUAAAUUAGAUGGAUGACUAUUUGCUUGAAGACAAAACUUAAAACUUUACUUCGGUAACGCUUCUAAGACAAUACUUUGGAGAAAAAAUAGCUUUCUUUUUUGGAUGGAAAAGUUUUAUCACCUGCUUUAUGACUUUAAUUGCUGUUCCUGGUCUAGCCCUUUAAAUUUAUGUAAUACUACAAGAUUCUGACGACUACAAUAACUAUUUAGUUUCUUUUUAUGUACUUUAUGUUAUGAUUUGGUCAACUAUUAUUGUCGAGUUUUGGAAAAGAAAAACAUCUGAAAUAAAUUAUAGAUGGGGUACUUUGGAUAUGAUGAACAAUCCUGACAUUCUAAAUAAAACUCUAAAAGAAGAUUUUAUUGGUGAUGAAUGCAUAUCUACUGUCACAGGAGGUUUAACUAAAUACUAAAAGAAAUCAAGAACAAUAAUUAAAUUUUUAAUCUCAAUGCCUAUUUUGUUUGGCUUAAUGGCUUUGGUUGUCUAUAUAUUUAUUGCUAUCGAUGAUUUUAAACAAAAAUACACAUCUCCUGAUUCAACAGAUUUUUAAAAUAAUUUGUACAAAGCUAUAGCCGGUGCUUUACAAGGUGUUGGAAUUUAAGUUUUAAACUUUAUUUAUACAUAUUUGGCAAGAUAUUUUGCUCAAUAAGAAAAUCAUAAAUAUAUUUUCCAAUAUGAAAGAUCAAUUAUUUAUAAGCUUAUGUCAUUUAAAGUACUGAAUAGUUAUUUUGCACUAUUUUACAUUGCUUAUAUUUAAAAAGAUUCUAAUUUUUAGACUCUUUUUUAUAUGCUCCUACCAAUUAUGCUCAUCAAAUAAAUUAAUUACACCAUAUUAAAUGUGUGGCUACCUAUUUUCUUGUAUAAUAGAGCAGAAAAGAAUUAUUUUAAGCAAGUAAACAAAAAAAUUAUGGAUCACGAAAAUAUUUAAGGUUAAGUUAUGCCAGAAAAAAGAAAAGAAAAUUAGGAUAUAAUUGAGCAAUACUGGAACGAUAUUUCAAAAGAAGAUAUGAAAAACCUUUCAAGAGCAGUCAUUUCUUUGCAGGAAGGUGAAGAAGUAAAAGGUGAUAAAAACGAUCCUAAUCCUACAAUUAAAUUAAUUAAAUACAUUGACGUAGAUUCAAUCGAGUUAAAUUCUCUAAGGCAAGAAUUCUUAGAUACCGUUAAUUUCUAUGCUGAUGGGUUUAUUGAUUUAGGCUAUAUUACUUUAUUUGCUUCAGCGUUCCCAAUAGGUCCUUUCGUUGCAUUAAUCAUGAAUUCUUUAGAAAUUAGAAAUAAAUUAAAUGUAUUUAUGUAUAUCCUCAAGCGUCCUACAUGUUAAAGAUGUGCUGGAAUUGGUGAUUGGCUCUUUAUUUGGGAAACAUUUUCAUUCGUCUCAGUGAUUACAAAUAUAGGCUUGCUCUACUAUAAAGAUUAGAAACUGAUAGAUUUAUUUUUGGAUCCUAAUUAAUAUAGUACAUCAGAAUUCUAAACCAUUAAAGUUUGGUUAUAUAUUUGUCUUGGUAUUGCCAUAGUAAUAUUGAAGUAUAUAUUCCAAGAGCUUAUUUAAGAUAAGCCAGAAUGGAUUAUGAGAGAAGAAGAGAGAUGGGCUUACUUAGAAUAAAUCCAAAAAGAGUAAGAUGAAAAAUUACUUCAAAAUCAUAAGAAAAUAAAAGAUGAAGAAGAUAAAAAGAAAAAAAUUGAAAUAAAUCAGAUUAAAAAAAGAUAUGAAGAUAAAAUAGCUGAAAAAGAUGAAGCUUUAUUAGAUUUAUAGGAUGAAGUUAAAUACUAUAAAGAGGCAUGUCCUCCAGAAGCAAUACAAAAGAGACUGAAUAAGGAUUAAAAAUUGAAUGGUAAUCAAAGUCAAAUUGGUAAAAGUAAUCUCUUUAAGGCAAAAUCUGAGUAUGAAUUAAAGGAAUUUGGAGUUUUUAGAAGUACUUAUAUUAAAAUUGAAAGAGAGUUGCUCAUUCAAAGAAUGAAAUAAAUUGAAAGCUUAAAUGUAGGAACAAUCAUGAUAUGCAAUGAAUGUGGUAAAAAAUUAUCUGUUUUCGAAUGCAUAGAAUGCGAUUUAACCUUCUGUAAAUCUUGUUUUGACGAAUACCAUAACUUUAUUCAAAAAAAUGACCAUCAAAUACACCUUCUAAAUAUAAAACAUGAAGAUUAGCAACUCUAUUCAAAAUACAACAUAUUACAUAUAAAUGGUGAAAAUAGUUACCUUUUAGAAGAAAAUAGAUUAGAAAGUUAAACCAGAUAAAAAUAAUUGAUAAGUAAGGUUAAAUCACAAUAAUAAGGAAAAAAUAAUGUAAACAAGACCUUAGGAGAUGAGAAUUGGAGGAAACUUGAAUAUUUUGUUUUACCAACUUAUGAGAAAAGUCCAUAAUUUUCGUAGCUUAAGGAGAUUUUUGAUUUGUUUAAAUCUGAAUACAUUGAUAAUAACGGAAUUGAUGGUACUAAUGAAACAAUAGAUUUUACAAAGGUAUUUAAACUAAAAGAAAAGCCUGAAUCUAAAGGAAAAUUCAUAUUGUAAGAAAGCAGAUAAUUCAGGACAAUUUUAAACAUGACAGAGUUCAAUAUAGAGGAAAAAUUAUUUUUAAAUAGAAUUGCUUUCCUUGUUUUUAAAAGAUACAGAUAAAAGGUCACCUUUAAAAACUUUUAUAGUCUUUGCAAAAUACUUCAAGAAGGCUAUUCUGAGCAAAAGUUUAUCUUACUUUUAGAUUUUAUAGACGAGGACGAUAGCUAAGAAAUUGAUAAAGAUGAAAUUAAGAAAAUAUUUUAUACCAGUUUCCUUUAAACUUGUGAAGAUUAAAAGAAAAUUGACCCUAUCAUUGAUAACUUAUUUGCAUCGUCAUUUAAUGGUAGUAUGAGUAAGUUAGAAAUCGGAAAGAGAUUUAUAUAUUCAUAAGAAUAGAAUCCUAUGCUUUACUCAUUUUUGGUCUCAUUAGUCUAAGAUAGAAAGAAUUGAAUAAAUAAUAUAAUAAAAUAAAGAAUAAUUUUGAAAAUAUAAAAUAAUAAGAUUAAUUUAAUUAUAAUCUAUUGAUAAACAUUUAAUUUUCUAGAAAUUAAUCAUUAAAAAUCCAAGAUUAAAAUAAUAACUAAGCAUUAAAUUAUAUUUCUAUUUUUUGUUUGUUUGUUUUUUAUAAACUAAAAUAUUUAAAGUGAGUUAAUUCAAUAAAAUAUUUUAAUUAAAAAUUUAUUUUGUUAAAAUGUGGUAAG